AACAGCGUCAUCCUCGCCUCGACCUCGUGCUCUGGGACAAUUGGCGUUGCUCCAUGUCUUGACCUGCGCUGAGCGACUUCAUCAUGCCUCUUAGCUGAAAUGAGUACGAAUUCCCCAUUGACUUCGACGCUGUCAUAGCCAGCAACUUGCGCGCACCCCCCCUCACUCUCUUCGUCUACCCGUUUGCACGACCUCAAGUCCCGCUCCUACUCGCCCUCGAGUUGCCGCCAAGGACUGCUGGGCGGCUCGUUACGCCUACCGCGAAAGCCAUCGCGCUUCGAGAACAGAACAUGAGAAGUUUGACCGGAGCGAUCUGAGAUGGUACCGCCGCAAUCGUUGCCGGACCACCUUCAGGAUCCGUCAAAGUAUGCCGUGCGAGCUGUAUCAACACUCGAUGAAGAAGAUGAGCAUGCCGACGACAGUGCAUGGCAACAUACUGUGCGACCCCCGCCACCUCUCGAACCUUCCCCGUAUUCGAUCCGACGACCAACACACUCUCGAGAAUCUUCCGCGGAGAAAAAUGCGAGCUUAGCUUCACCGCGCGUCACGGCCUCGCAUUCGCGAGAGCGCGUCGUUGACCCGAAAAGCGCCGUCUACGGUCAUCACCGACAGACCUCGAUCGUGCAUGGCAUUCAGCAUUCGAGAAAUGGAAGCCUUGCAAGCUCGACCUCGAGUCCUCUCAGCCCCAAAGUCAUAGCCGCUGCGGGAGGAAGCUUCGACACCAUGCAUCCAGGCUCUUCAAUGGUCCCGCCCAGCGGGUUCCCUCUUGAGAGGGCUGCCUCGGCGGGUGAUCUGGCACUGAACGGCGCGACGCAAAGGAGGCCUGAGCGAAGACAUAGUAAACCUCGUCGAAACCCUUUGCUUAGCCAAUCUCACUCCAAACUCCAUCGAGAGGAGCAGAAGACGGUGGGCGAAUAUGCCUUACAUGUCUUGUUCACCUCAUUCAUCGCACAGGCGGAAGAGAAACUUACCGAGUGUAUCACACCAGCGAACGAGCCAGAGCCAAACGUGGAGAAUAUUUGCGGUCCGGGAGUCGAUCCAGCCUUCGACCAGCUGAUCAAGGCUUUGGGCCACAUCGCUAGCCCCAAGCCAAAAGCUCUUAUUGACUCGAUGAUGCUGUGGAGGAAAAACAAGAGCGAUGCAGCAUUAGAAGCUCGAAACCAGGGGCAGCCGCGUAGCGCGACACAGGCAGCGCCUCUGUUGCGCCGGAAUACGGAACCGGUGCAACCAGGCCAGCCUGGCGUUGGCGUCGGGGAAAACGCACUCCCACACAGUCUUUCAGUAUCCGCGAAACAAGAAUUCGUCGCACAGGCUGAACGACGGUCAACGGUCUCCAUAUACAUCCUUUGCCGCGUCCUGAUCGAGGUGGUCCGCCAAAGCAACCUGCGAGCCAUUACCCCUGAAAUGGAAGAUAAGCUGGAGGACAUCAUCUUCGCGCAGCUGAAGAACGCAGACCCUGAUCAGUUGCUUGUUUCGCCACUCAAGCUGGCCAACUGGAACCUUUUCGCCCAGCUGCUCGGUUACAUGAGCGAACUCAACUUUGUGUCGGUGACGCAACGAUUCCUCGAGGAACUCGAUUCAGCUCUGCAGGAACGUGGGCUCCGAAGCCCUACCACGGCAAGCGGACGUGAUCAAGAGGGCAAGCUGGAAGUCGUGCUUGGGGGUAUGAGGCACCUGCGCAUCCGGAUCCUGCCAGAAGACGCCUGGGAACACUCUUGCGAUUUUCUUGUUCGACUAGGCCGACUGUUCAGCAAAUCUCAUGGCCAAAGGGUUAAGUGGGCCUUUUGCCAGAUUGUUGACACACUCGUCCUGCCAAUCGCUGCGUCUGCUAGCAAUAGUCAUUUGAUGCACCCCAAGUGGGCAGAGGUUGUUUCUUCCAUCUCUUCUCGAGUUGGCCAGAUGUUUACAAAGCCACGCCACUGGAGUGUGGCGUUUCCUUUGACAGCUACCAUGCUCUGUGUAUCACCGCCAGAGAGUUUCGGGGUUCAAUGGGUUCAACUUGUGAUGACGGUUCAGACAAAAGUCAGAGAUCGAUCUACCAAGCCCCUUUGCCUCCAGGUCAUUUCCCGUUUGUUGUGGACGUACAUCUAUCGCAUCAACGACACUCCACAGGGCGCUAUCCGGAAACUGGACGAGAUCUUGAAGCUGGUGCUGCCAACAUCCAGACGGAGCAUUGUCGCAUCUGACGCUGCCGUCACCGAACCUCUCAUCCAGAUCAUACGAACCGUGGGUUUCCGAUACCCGGAGUACUGCUUUCGUCAGAUUAUCUUCCCUUUGAUCAACGCCGACCUUUUUGCGAAUACCAAAGACCUGAAAGUAGAGCAACUUGACCCAGACCGUAUAGUGGUCGGAAUCCGGGCGUUCUUGUGUAUCAUGUCAGACCUUGAAAAGGGGGAGCAGGGCCGACCGCCAUUUCCACAACUCUACAACAGCAGUCCCGCUGACGUCCGAUCGCCACAUGGUGCUCCGGUUGGCUCGAAGGAAGAUACCAUUUCGAGGCCUGUACUCACUCAUGUUCUUUCUGACAGCGUCAGAGACUACUAUCUCAAAUUUUGCGAUAUCCUGGGCAAGAUCACGAGGAUAUGUGACAAUACGUUCGGAGGCCAAGCAACGUUGGACGAGAAAUUCGGUAGCCCGGGGCCCAAAACGCCCAUCACCGACACAUUCAACUUCACGCGCCGUGAAGAUCAGCAGAACACCCCGGAUCAGAAACAAGCUUUCUACGAGCUUCUCCAUGUCGCCGUGCAAGCCUUGCCUCGGUGUUUCUCAGAGGAUAUACCAUUCAACCCCUUGAUCAAUUUGCUAUGCACUGGCACUGCGCACAUCCAAUCCAACAUUGCAGAAUCGUCCGCAAACUCCCUGAAAGCCAUAGCACGCCACGCCCACGCGCAAGGUGUCAUCAUGGGGUUCUCAAGGUUCAUUUUCAAUUUUGACGAUCGAUACUCAACAAUGUCCGACGGCGGCAUGCUGGGGCCGGGUCAUAUCGAAAACACCCUGCGUUUGUAUGUUGAGCUGUUGCAAAUCUGGAUUGACGAAAUCCGACAGAAGAUGAAGGAUGCCGCAGCCGAGAUCCCUGGCGUGGGCACUCCGGACAAACGUGCACUCAAGUUGGAUCUGUCCAGCAUCUGGGCUGAGGUGGACCAGGCUGAAGCACACGGCCUGUUCUUUUUGUGUUCCCAAUCAAGGCGUGUGCGCUACUAUGCGAUCACUGUCUUGCGACUCAUUUCUGAAUUCGAUAAAGCCUUGGGAAAGGAAUCCUCUGGCGAGGACUCUGGCAGACUCAUCAACAUCCUCGAGAACGACGCAGAUGAAGUCAUGAGUUUCAACGAAGACCAUCUGUCGGUGGCUGAGCGAAGUCGUCUGCACCGUGGACUUAAGAAUGCCGGCACCAACAGCACAGGAAGCAAGGGUGCUGUUGUGGAGCUUUGUAUCAGUGAUGUGUCUUACGACACAACGCUAUGGUUCAAGAUCUUCCCCAACCUUGUCCGUUUAGCUUACGAGAAAUGCCCUUUUACUGUGGCUAUAUGUCGGGACCUUGUGUGCGACCGGACUCUCCAGAUGUACAAGACCAUUGUGCACUUGUCUGAGCCAUCCCGUGGAUACUACUACGGCAGUGAAGCCGGAAGCGCGCGGACACCCGCUCGGUCACCCACUGCGCACCCCGAAGUUCUCAUUGAACAGUGGAAGCUGUACCUCAUUUUCGCCUGCGCUACGCUGGCCGAGACUGGCAGCAACACCACCUUUGGCAAAGACCAACAUGCUCGCAAAGAUUCAAAGUCAAGCGGCGACAAGAUUGUUACAGCUCGGACGUUAUUCAAGUACCUGUUUCCACUCCUCUCGGCAUCAUCGGCGUCGAUCCGAGAAGCCAUUGUUGUUGCGAUAGGAUCUAUCAAUAGACACAUCUACAGAACACUCUUGGAGGAGCUACAGGCCCAGGUCACACGACUGAACGAUGAUGCCAGGGCACGGAUUCACCAGCGUUCCAACAGCACGCCCCCGCGCAAUCGCAAGAUGGAUCUCCUGCGGACAGAAAUCACUCAUGUGUUCAAGGUCACCUCUCAUUUCUUGAAGGAGCCCGAAUUCUACAACACGGAUUUCUUCUUGGGAACCCUGACUGCUUAUGCCAAAGAUCUGAAGCUCUUCUUGAUGGAUGGAGAUGUGCAAAUGGAUUGGGAAUUCCAGAAACUGCGACGACAUUACUGCGGCCUCAUGGAGGUGCUCUUUGAGGCAAUCAACCGCACCAAGGAUCCCUCGCGAUGGAUGACCUUUGAAUCACGCAAAUCCGCUUUCUCUUUGAUGGAAGAUUGGUGCGGCUUUUCGCCCAACCAUACGCAAAUCAGAGUCCGUGAGGAUACCAUGCGGCAAUCUGUCAUUGAGCAGCAGUCAACGGCCGAGCGAGGCAUGGUCACAGCUGCCAUGGAAAAGGAGAAGCGAGACCUACGCACGGCAGCCCUGAGCGCCAUGGCUGUGCUGUGUGGAGGACCGAUUGGCGUCACGACCGAGAGCGGUGUCACCCUGCAAUUCGAUGUGCGGCGUAUGCUCGCCUGGGUAGAGGCCAUCUUCAAUUCUGGCAGCGACCGAAUGAACGUCAUCGGUCGGAAAGCACUCGAGAACCUCAUCGUGCAUAACCAAGAAUACCCUUAUCUUCUGGAGCAUUGCAUCGCGCGAUGCUACCUUGCCAGUGUACCCAAGGUUCUCGAGAGCUACUUUAUUGUGACCACAUUGGUCCUCGAGAACUGUCCCAGCUACCCGUGCCCCUUUUGGAAACUCCUUGGCCUUUUUCUGUACACCUUGGGGAACGACCUGAGCGAUGUCCGGUCCAAAUCAUCAUCGGUGCUGAGGGCUCUCGAGGCUAAACAGCAGAGAAACUCCAGGAUUCAGGACUUUGACAUCAGCAUCUCGGACAAGACGCAGGCCGUGUACAAGCUCGCGCAAUUUGAGAUUUCCCAGAGGUUAGCGACGCAGUACACCGAGCUUGCGUUCUACGUGUUUGCGGAGUUCACACUCUACUUCAAGGACUUGCAGCCAGCCUCACAGAGAAACAUUGUGGCGGUCAUGCUACCGUGGAUACAGAGUGUCGAGCUCAAGGUGGACCCCAAUGGAGGCCCUGCCGCCGAGUCGUACGUCUUUCUGGCGAACCUCAUUGAACUCACCAUCAAGUCCAGUGGCGCCUUGCACAACGAGGUACAGGCCUUGUGGCAAGCGGUGGCUACAGGCCCAUUCCCCGGCAACGUUCGUCUGGUGAUGGACUUUGUCAUCUCUUUGUGCUUAGAUCGACGCGAGCAGAACUUUGUCGAGUAUGCGAAGCAGAUCGUGGUGUUCCUGUCGACGACAAAUAGCCCCCCUGGAGUUAAGGUCAUCGAGUUUCUACUUAUGCACAUUGACCCCAGGAGCAUGGUUCCUAACGAGAAAAGAGAGGCUGUUCCUCCACCAAGCGACGUGUCUCUCUUGCCGUACUGCGCGGAUCUUACGGAGGUGCUGCCGGUCGGCACCAAACAAGCUGGGUUUUCACUGGGGCAGCUGUCCAUGAUUCUACUUGUCGAUUUGAUGGUGGCGCCAUUGCAGCUUCCAGAGGAAAACGUGCCGCUACUGCUGCACGUUGUCACCGUGCUGUGGGAUCACUACAUGCCCAUGGUGCAAGAGCAGGCCCGGGAAAUGGUGGUACACUUGAUCCACGAACUCGUCAUUUCAGCAAUGGAUGAUCGGACACCACCUGCUCAGAAAGAGACUAUCCAGGACUUGAUUGAUCGUGUCAGACGCCACGAUCGUACGGUUGUCUGGGGUUACGAAGACAGUAACGGCAAGGUUGAUGAUCACGACAACAAGGUCCCACCGGGCAUGGAGUACUUGACCACCGAGCUUGCGAAAACUUUUGAACUCACAUAUCCGAGAGUCAAGGAGCAAUGGAGCAAACUGUCACUGACCUGGGCAACAUCGUGUCCUGUGAGGCACCUCGCAUGCCGGUCGUUCCAGGUGUUCCGGUGUGUGCUGACUUCGCUUGACCAAAAAAUGCUGGCGGAUAUGCUGGCCAGGCUGUCGAACACGAUCGCAGAUGAAGAUCCUGAGAUACAAUUCUUCGCAAUGGAGAUUCUCACCACACUCAAGACGCUCAUCGUCAAGCUUGAGCCUGAGCGGCUGAUCAACUUCCCGCAGCUUUUCUGGACGACGUGUGCGUGCUUGGACUCAAUCAACGAGCGCGAGUUCCUCGAAGCCGCUGAGAUGCUCAAUGUGUGGUUGGUCAAGGUCGAUUUUCGCUCGCCUAAUGUGCGACGCAUCCUGGCAGAUGGCCAGCCAGCCAAGUGGAACGGGUUGUACGAAGGAUUGCAACCGUUGUUGCACAAAGGUCUAAGGUCGUCGCUGUGCUGGCAGCCCACGCUCGACAUUAUGGACAAGUUGGUGCAGCUUCCCGGCGAUGGACUGAUUGGCGAUGAUGACCGUCUCUUCUACUCAGUGCUGGCUAAUUUCCCGCGUUUCCUCGAAGAGCUCGACAAUGGAAUUCCCAACGAGCCCACGCUUCACACAGCGCACAUCCUGGCUGAGGAAGCUGAUAGGCAAGGCCUGGAGAUGAUAGGCAACACGCUUGGCGAAUAUACGGCUGGCAAUUUCCGGAGCAGCGAUGAGUUCCUGGGACAGAUGUUUGUGUCUAUUCGGGAGUACUAUCUCCCUGACCAUGACUUCAAGCUCAUCACAACGUUGGUUGGUCUGCUGACCAACUCGCUGUCUUGGGUUAAGGUGCAGACCAUGCGCAUUCUUUGUGUCACACUCCCUGAGAUCGACAUGCGCAACCCUGAACUUGCUGGCCACGGGUCUGACCUGAUAUCGCCGCUGCUCCGGCUGCUGCAGACGGAGUUUUGUAUGGACGCAUUGAAGGUGCUGGACAACAUUAUGACCAUGUCCGGAAGCCACAUGGACAAACACCACCUACGGAUGAGCAUGACACGAUCGACUUCUCGAGCUGUCCGCAAAGAGUACGAGCGGACCCAGAGUCUCUUUGGUAUCCCGGAGGCAUCAGGAUGGGCCAUACCUAUUCCUGCAAAGAAGACGGAGCUGACGCGGUCCAACAUCCAUGCCGCGUUCUACAUGUGUCAAGGCGCCGAAGGGUCUCCGCCUGAGGCAACGCCCACUGCCGGCCUGGAGUUCGAGACAGAUGAUUUCCAGUACAGCUACUGGGAUGCUAGCAACGAGUCUCGAACAGCCACCAUGCUGUCCGACGGCGGCAGAGACGAAGGCCCCAUCAGUGACUUAGUGACCAAGCUCGACAGCCUGGACGAAUUCUUUGACGAGCCCCCGAGCCCGACUACCGAUGACGAUCGCGAAUCGUCGCGCACACUCACCGAAUUGACGCCGGAAUCGUUCGAGUCGGGUGCGCAGUUGUACGAUGAGCACAUCUUGCCAAUUCUUCGAGAGGCGACGGUCAACAAUACGGCAUUCCAGAAUGGUUUUGCCGACCGUACCCACGCCAACGCCAACACGAUGAACCCGGGCGCCUUUAGCGCCACUGUCGUGCCAGCGGCGCGCCCUGCCCUGCACAACCGCUCCAUCACAUCGCCAUCCAUGCCUGCGUCGCAGCAAAUGUCCAUGACGGAGGUCAUGUCUGACGACGAGCAUCUGAGUGCAGGGCUGUCGGACGGAGACGACGAACGACCCGUGCGCAGCAAGCCCGGCAAGGUCGGCCCAGGCCUGCAGGAGUCUGCAGUGAAGCCACAUACACAAGCAUCACGCAGCACGCUGCGCCGGUUUGCCAGCAGGAGCAGGUCGAGAGAUAUUCCGCCGGUGCCGUCUUUGCCGACGGAUAGGACGAUGUGAUGAGAAAUAUUUGCUUUUUAGGUAGCCAGCAUGUUUGAGUGGGCUUUACAACGACAGAAAAGACUAUUCCCCUUAUUUUGCUUU